AUGGAGCCCGACCGACGCUUUGCCUGCCCCGUUGACGGCUGCGACAAGCGCUUCAAGCGCAAGUUCACCUUGCACGAGCACCAAAAGACCCACACGGGACUGCGGCCCUUUGUCUGUGUCGAGGCCAACUGUGGGAAAAGCUUUACCACAUCGGGUAACCUCGUCCGGCAUGCGCACACGCACCGCCUCGACAAGCCGUUUGCCUGCGCUUGGAGCACGUGUGCCAAGCGGUUUUGCUCGCGCGAGAAGCUCGUGCGCCACCUCUCGACGCACGUUGGGCUGCAGCCGUACGUCUGCCAUCUCUGUUGCGGGUCGUUCUCGACGUCGGGCAACUUGUCGCGGCACAUGACCAUGCAGGCGCAUGCGAGCACUGGAGUCGAUGCGCGAUCGAGUAUGUGGGUGGAUCUGAGCCAGCUCCUCCACGACGACGACGAGCCGCUUGCGAGUGAGAAGAAACAGCGAUGCCGUAUUGCCCAAGAGAUUGCGAUGCCUCGCGAAUCAGUGGACCUCGAGCCGAUUCAAGCGCCGCAGUUCCGCCCGGAUGAGCCGUGGAGUGACCUAUGGCGCUUGGAAGAACUGCUGUGUGACGAUGGCGGGAUGUACUAA